AUGUCGUCGUCGAAGCGGUGGACGUCCGCCUCCGGCACGGAGCUCCCGGGCCGGUCGCCCCUCCCCGCCGCCGCACUCUCGCCAGGCCGCCAGAGCGCCCGCCGCUCCGUCUCUUUCCGAUCGGACGCCGCCCCAGCCUCCGGCGGCGCAGCCUCCAUCGCCCGAACGCUAUGGCCUUCCUCCACCGGCGGCGGCAAGAACAACAAGGCCCCGCGCGCGCCUUCUCCCUUGUCGUCCGCGCCACCGUCGUCGUCCGUGGCCACCCUAGCGGACCAUCUCGCCAAAGACGACGCGCCGCAGGUCCUCUCCCGGCAGCGCAGCUGCACCGAGCUCCCGCGUACCGACGCCGACGCGGAGGCCCGGAAGAUCGGGAAGUCCUCCGGCAAGGGCGGCGGCGGCGGCCACGCGUUCGGCCGGUCCAUGCGGCUCCUCCCGUCCACGAGGCCCGCGGGCGUCACGCUCACGCCGGGCCGCGUCGCGCCGUCCGACCUCCGCAGGCUCACCGCCAACGGCCCGUCCCUGGACGCCGCCGCCGACGUCGCCAGCUCCGGGUCGGAGUGCAGCGACGCCGCCUCUAGGGGCUCCACCACGCCGAGAACGACGGCGGCCUCGAAGCCGCGCUCGACGCUGCUCCCCCGCACGAGCUCCGUCCGCCUGCUCGGCUCGAGCAACACGCAGUGGGCGCUCUCGCCGGGGCGGCGCAGUGGCUCGCCGCUCAAGACGACGACCACGGCGCUGCCCACGGUGCCGGAAGCCAAGGGCAGUAAGAAGAGCCUGAUCAGCCUCGGGUGGGGCCAUAUCUUCCACCGGAGGAAGCACGCCGCCGAGGACGCGUCCAUAGCCGCCGCCACGGCCACCUUGCUGUCCUCCUCGCCGGUGUCGUCGUCACGGAGCAGCACCGGAGGCGGCGGUGCCGAGGCCGGGCACCAGAUGAGGAUGGCGCAUUGCCGCCUCCUGCAGUGGCGCUUCGCGAACGCCGAGGCCGAAGCCGCCCGCAAGAGGAAGCAGGCCAGCGCCGAGCUGGACUUGAUGGGUACAUGGGCGAGCGUGUCGGAGAUGAGAGGGAAGGUGGCGAGGAAGCGGAUGCAGCUAGAGAAGGAGAAGCAGAAGAUUAAGCUAAAUACCGUGCUCUCUUGCCAGAUGAAAGAUUUGGAGAGCUGGGGGCAGGUGGAAACCGAACAUGCCGCUGCCCUGGCGUCAACUGUAAGCUGCACCCGGGCGGCCGUUUGCAGGCUUCCUCUCACCAGUGGUGCCAAGGCUCAGGACAGGGCGUUGGUGAUCUCAGAGCUGGUGCGUGUUGCGAGUGAAGAGAAAGCUUUGCUGCAGGAGUUCCUCGAGCUGCUUAGCCGGGUCUCUGCACUGCAGGUUGAAGAACAGAGCUUGCGCUGCCAUCUAGUGCAGUCGUCAUCACUUAGUGCUCCGACGGGGGAAUGCGUGCAGGCACUGUGA